AUGAUUCCAUCCAUUUAUGAGAAUCCAUAUUCUCUUUCCCAUGCCGAUCAACCAGGUGCGGUUUUGGUCUCUAGCAUUAUAAAUGGCAGUUGCAAGUACAGUUCUUGGGUUCGAUCCAUCACGAUUUCUCUUGUGGCCAAGAACAAGAUGGGGUUUGUCCUUGAUACGUUUCCAACUCCUCCCAUCAAUGACCCCAACUAUAAUUCUUGGACUUGCUGUAAUUCAAUGGUUAUGGGCUGGAUCAUUAACUUGGUCUCACCUCCAAUCGCUGCAAGCAUUCUAUAUUGUGGCCGAGCUUCUGCAAUGUGGCAGGUUCUUCAUGAUCGGUACUACCAAAGAAAUGGCCAUAGGAUUUACCAACUAAAGCAAUCCAUAUCUAACAUCAAGCAUGGUGACCUUGACAUUACCACAUAUUUUACCAAUUUGCAAACUCUCUAUGAUGAAUUGAGUAUGUUUAGGCCACUUACUGAUGGAGCAUCUUCCUCUUACCAAGAACAAGAUUAUGUACUGUAUUUUCUCAUGGGCUCAAAUGAAUCAUAUGCCCAAAAUCGCACCAAUAUUAUGAUGUUCGAGCCUCUUCCUCCCAUUAACAAAGUUUUUUCUCUCAUUAUCCAAGAGGAAAAACAAAUACCACUAUCCAAUCUUCAGUUGCCAAUGGCUGCCCCUGUUCACACCAAUAAACCUUUUGGGAAGAAAACCUUACUAUGCGCUCAUUGUGGAUGGAAGCCAAAGCCUCGUGAUCCAAAUGCUUCUUGGACUACCAACAAACAAGACUUUCCAUCCAAGUCUCAACCGAAACAAGGAGUAGUUGUUGUUGUCUCUAAUGAGUCGUCCUCUUCAAGCUUCACCGCUGAACAGUGCCAGCAACUCCUCACAUAUCUUGCAACUCAAAUGCAAUCUCGACAUGUUGACGCAUCUGCUUCACAAAUUUCUGGUAUAACUUCUAACUCCUCUUGUCUGAUUGAUACAGGUGCUAGUCAUCACAUUUGCAAAGAUAAAUUUUUGUUUACUGAUUUUGAUGACACUGUUUUCCCUAUUUUUGUGUCCAUGCCUAAUGCCAUGAUUGCUCAUGAUAAGCAUUGUCAUACUCUGAUUGGGAGGGCUAAAUGUAUUGGGAAUCUUUAA